GAAGUAAUUACCCCAAGCGUCAUUUGGUUGCGAAAAAUGUGGAGUUAGUAUAUUUAGCAGAUAUUAAAUUUUUUGAAACAUUUAUUAUAAUUGUUCAAAUUUAUAAUAUCGAUCACAAAAUUAUGUGGAGUGUAGUUCCUUAAACUAAAACAUAACAAGUGAUUGAAACGGAGGAGAAUAUUCCUCAAGGUGUGCACAUAAACGGGUACAGAAUAUUGUGUGAGCGUUCAAACCGCAAAGGCCGAUAAAGUUGCUGCCAAGAAAAUUUUCAUAGAACCUAAUAUAGUGCUGAUUUCGACUUGAAUAGUCGAAAUAUAUAUUUUUUUCUUUCCGGGUUAAGUAGAAACCGCUAAAAUUGUGGAAAAACAGGAGAAAACUCCCAAGCGGAAGAAGAAGGCUGCAGCCAGUAAAAUGUCUGCAGUUUAUUCGCCGCAGCCACCGCAGCAGACUGCGCCCCCGGGCGUUGUACUGCAGCCGCCGCAGCCACCAACGCCAACGUCGAUGCAGCAGCAACAACAACAGCAACAGCCACCGGGUGUUGGCUCCGGUGUGGGAGUUGGAGGCGUUGUCAUGGGCGGACCGACAGGUGUACCUAUGGGCUCCGGAGGCCCAAUGCAACGAGGACCUUCCAUGGUUGGAAGUAGUGGCGUACCCGUUGGGCCGCCUUCCUCUGUCGGAGGUGGUGGCAUGAUGGGCGGGGUUGCACCUCCGCCAUCCUCUCAACGUGGCGGCAUGCCGCAAUCACCAAGUCCAGCACAAAUUCAAAAAAUACUUGAUGAUAAUUGUGGUCUCAUACAAACAAUUCAAGACUUUCAAACUAUGGGCAAAGCGCAAGAGUGUAUGACAUAUCAUAUGGCACUACAUAGGAAUCUUGUCUACUUGGCCCAGUUGGCAGAUCCGACAAUGAAUAUCGGCCUAAUAUUGCCGCAUCCACAUGUACUUCAGCAACAGGCAGCUCAACAGCAAGGUCCACAUGGUAUGAUGGGCGGGCCACAGCCACCUCAACAGGGCGGACCACCGACUGGCGGAAGCCAACCACAAAUCGGGGGAAUGCCACCGAUGUCACAUGCAGAUGGAAAUGUUCAAUCCCCAUCGGGAGCUCAAAUGCCCUAUGGUGGUCAACCUCCACAGCCGCAUCCUGGUAUGCCGCCAAGCUCUCAACAACCUCAACAGGGUCCUCCACAACAGGGAAUAAACUCCCAGCAAUCUGGGCAACCGCAACAACAGCCACAAGCCGGAUCGUAUAGAGGUAGUUCUACACCCCAAUCAGCCAAUCAACAACCUCCACCCGUGUCGGGUGCUGGAACAAAUCAACAACGUUUAAGUGUGCAAGCUGGGCAACAGCCAGGUCAGGGGCCACAACAACAGCAGCCGCCUACACCUCAACAGCAGCAACAAGGUCCACCACCACAAACACAAUAUCGUGGCGGUUAUCAACAACAACAACACAGCCAUUAUUCUGGAUAUCCUCCACAAAGUCAACCAUCAUACCAACCGCAAAGCGGCUAUCCCUACGGACCCCCGACUCAAGGCUAUGGACCUCCUCCACCAAAUACCCAGGCUGGUUAUCACCAUGCCGGCAUGCCUCCGACGUCAUCUGGUGGUGCUGGUCCGCCAAGCCAACACGGCUAUGGUACUGCAGGUGGUCAACAAGGUCCUCCAGGUGCGUAUCCACCUCCUCCGCCAAAUCAACAAGUUCCGCCAGGUCAGCAACCGCCGCCUUCACAGUUGUAUGGUCCGCCCACUAGUGGGCAGGGACCACCACCACCACCAAACCAGUACGGCCCGCCACAAGGGGGUAGCAACGCUCCUCCUCCAAUGGCUUACGGUGGAUACGGUGCUCCUCCACCUAGUGGUUAUGGUCAAACGACGAAUUCUUUACCGGGAGGUUACGGCCCGCCUCCACAAAGCCCAGCGCAAUCACCCUACCCUCCGCAGUCACCCUAUCAGCAGAGCGGAGCACCAUCAGGCUAUCCAGGACAGUCGCCACAGCAGCCACAAACAUCCCAGGGAACGACUGCUGGUUAUAGUACAUCGCCGAGCCCUGGUCAGACACCACCACCAACAUCAAAUCAACAAGCACAAAAUGCGACCAAUCCAAAUGGACCAAAUGCUCCGCCCGUAAGCGUGCAAUCCACAUCUCCUUCUACAUCGUCUGGAAAUAUUGGUGUCAAUAGUGGUCCACCAAACCAACAAACACCACCCACUCAGCAGCAGCAGCAACAACAACAACAACAGCAACAGCAAUACGGUACUCAGCAGCCACCAGUUUCAAGCGGACCACCACAGCCACAUGGAUCUACACCACAGCAGCAACAACAACAACCUGUAUAUUCAUCCGGAGGAACCCCUUCUGGUGGUCCAUCGCCAUACGGAGCUCCAUCACAGCAACAGCAACAACAGCCGCCUGGACCAAGUGGACCUCCUACGGGACCACCAAAUACAACUGCACCUCCAAAUGGUACGCCACCAAUGCCCAACCAACAAUAUCAACCGCCGCCAACAGCACAACCCUACGGUGCACCUCCACCACAAGCCUAUGGACCCCCACCACCUGGUGGAGGUUAUCCUGGUCAUGGCUACCAUCAGCCGCAAGGCGGAUAUGGAGCUAUGCCACAAGGGCAAUAUCCACCGUCGCAAGCUUACCAAGGAUAUCGGCCAACGGGUGGCCAAAUGCCACCUCCGGGCGCUCCACAAGGGCCGCCAACAAACGCGUAUUCAUACUACAGUAAUCAGCCACCACAAUAAGUGAAUGUCGCCGUUGUUGUAACAGCAUAAACAUUUCCCGUAAAUGUUGGGGGAAUGCAGCUGGAGUGACAGUUCUUAAUAAAGAUAUAAAUCCGGGUCGGUUCGGCAACGUAGGACUGACUGUCGUGGCCACGAAUAAGUGAAUAUAAUAUAAAGUGGUUGCUAUAAAAGAUAGAGUGCGAGAACGGGAUGAUUAUGUUCUUGAAAAAUUCAUAAACAUAUAAACAUAGGUAAAUAAGCGAAUGGUACCAAUACCACUUGGCAAUACUAACAAGUUUAAUUAGGAUCAGAAAGUUAGAAUGGAUAACAUGACUUCAAUAUACGCAACACCAAGAGUUACUGCUGAAAAGGAAAGGAUCAAAAUUAUGAAAUUAAUAGUGUAGACGUGCAAAAUUAAAAUAUUUCAUUCAAGAUCCUUGCCCAAAUCAUUCACAAACUUCAGAAAUGUAACUGAAUGAAUUGUAAUGAUGGUUUUUAAGAAUUUACUUCCUUUUAAUGUUUGACCAUUUUUUAACGGUUAAAUCAAAAAUAACUCGAAUUCAAUGCAGUACUGAAUCCCAAUAUUCACGUGAUCAGUGUCGUGACCAAAUAUUUGUUUUUUUUUUAGUAAUCAAUAAAUAUGUCCACUGGGAAUUAGAGGUGCAAAACUUCCAGAUUAUUCUUUGCCCGUUUCGAAUGACACUGAGGAUUUUAAUUCCUUAAAAAACGGAUGAUUGAAUUGUGAAUUUUAAAUUGAAAUUAUGCGAAGCCCUUAGCUCUUUGUAUUUUGCUUGGAUUAUGACAAAGUGAAAGAAAUUAUUGAAUAAAAGUUCGAAAACAAAGUAGUAAAGGAAAACUGUAUUAACGCUUGUCGGAUACCAAAAUUAUAGAGCCGCGUGCACCUAACUUAAAGAUCUAAUAUUGAAGUUCAAAAAUAAAAAAAAUGUUAAUUUUAUUAGUAGAAAAUGAGAAAUUUAAUAAAUCUAGUAUUAUUGAAUAAGUCUCCAGAGAGACUAAUUACGACCAAAUUAUAACUUGGCGCCCGAUUUCGUUUGCUAUAAAAGGUUAAAAAUUAAAAUUUGCAUUUGUUUAACGCCACCCAUGUGGAUAAUUCAUAAACUCGGAAAAAAAUUAUAAAAAAAAAUCAAAUUAAGUGUAAUAUUUUCACGACGAGAGUAAUUCAAAAUACAAAUAAAACUAUGUAAUAACGUUUUAGUGGAACGUUUCUUAAUCAAAUAAAAUAUAAAUAUGAAUUCAAAUUUAAAUAUCGAUUACAGAAAAUAAUGUAGACGGAAUGAUGUGAUGAGCACUACUAUACAAUAUAUAAUUAUUGAAACGUAAUUAAUUAUGCAACUUUAGGCUUAAUCAUAUCUGAUAUUGUAGUUUACGUUCGAAUGACAAGCCGUCGGGCAAAUAAUUUUUUUUAAUCACGUUUAAUAUCGCUACUAUCCUAAUAAAACUGUUUGUGUGUAUACGCCACAUUUAUACAAACCCACAUUGA